GUGUGUGUGUGUGUGUAAGAGAGAAUGGCCCCAAGGCCAUCUUCAGGUGAAUUAUGGGGUCUACACCUGAUGCCCCCCCGUAUUUUGGUGGAUUGCUGUUUACCCAAUGGGAUGCUUGUCAGUCUGGAAUGUUUACGUGAAGCUCCACUCAUCAGCAUCAAACAGCAGCUGUUCACUGAGGCCCGCAAAUAUCCCCUCUACCACCUGCUGCAGGAGGAGUCUUGCUACAUCUUUGUGGGCGUGACCCAGGAGGCCGAGAGGGAGGAGUUUUAUGAUGAAACACGGCGACUAUGUGACCUUCGACUCUUCCAUCCUAUACUAAAAGUCAUCGAACCACUUGGCAACCGAGAAGAGAAAAUCCUCAACCGUGAGAUCGGCUUUGCUAUAGGCAUGCCGAUAUGUGAGUUUGAGCUGGUGAAGGACUCAGAAGUGCAGGACUUCAGGCGGAGCAUCCUGAGUGUGUGUAGGGAAGCAAUGGAGGAGCGUGAGGGAGGAGGACCACACACACAUGCUCUGUAUGUUUACCCCCCCAGUGUGGAGUCAUCAGCACAACUACCACAACACAUCUAUGCCAAACUCGACAAAGGACGUUUGAUUGUUACGAUUUGGGUUGUGGUAUCUCCGUCUAACGCCAAGCAGAAGUACACGCUGAAGAUCUCUCAUGACUGCGUGCCAGAGCAGCUGAUCGCCGAGGCCAUCAGGAAGAAGACGCGCAGUAUGCACCUGUCGGCCCAGCAGCUCCGCCUGUGUGUGCAGGAAUAUCAGGGACAGUACAUCCUCAAGGUGUGUGGCUGCGACGAGUACCUGCUGGAGAAAUACCCGCUCAGCCAGUACAAGUAUAUCCGCAGUUGUAUCAUUGUAGGGAAGUUGCCACACCUCAUGCUGGUCAGUAAGGACAGUGUGUAUGAUCAGUUGCCAUGCAGUGGCUUCGUUACUCCGUCAUAUAGUCGCCGUACGCCCCAGCCAAGCCCAAGCCCUGGAGGGGGUGACCCUGCUAAUCCCCGCUCUCUCUGGACCUUCAAUGCUCACACUCCACUCCGCAUCAGGCUCAUCUGCGCCACCUACGUCAAUGUCAACAUCCGGGAUAUCGACAAGAUCUAUGUAAGAACUGGUAUAUAUCAUGGAGGAGAGCCUUUAUGUGACAAUGUCAACACACAGAGAGUUCCAUGUUCCAACCCUCGGUGGAAUGAGUGGCUGAUGUAUGAUAUUUCUCUGACCGACCUCCCACGCGCCGCCCGUCUCUGCCUCUCCAUUUGCUCCGUCAAGGGCCGCAAGGGGGCUAAAGAGGAGCACUGUCCGCUGGCCUGGGGGAAUGUGAAUCUGUUUGAUUAUAAGGACACACUGGUCAGUGGUAAAACGGCUCUGAGUCUGUGGCCUGUUCCACAUGGACUAGAGGAUCUGCUCAAUCCCAUCGGUGUGGCAGGAUCCAACCCCAACAAGGAGACUCCGUGUGUAGAGUUAGAGUUCCCCUCCUUUAAUCAUGCGGUGGUUUUUCCUGAUGAACAACAGAUUGAGGAACAUGCCAACUGGAUCAUUUCUCGAGAGCUGGGAUACAACUACUCCCUCAGCUUAAGUAAUCGGUUGGUGUGUGACAGCUCAAUCUCUCAGGCAGAGGCUGAACAACUUCGCACUCUCUGCAACCGAGACCCACUGUAUGAGCUCUCAGAGCAGGAGAAAGACUUUCUGUGGAGACAUCGACAUUACUGUGUGAAUAUUCCAGAAAGUCUUCCCAAACUGCUUUUGUCUGUCAAGUGGAACUCACGGGAUGAGGUGUCUCAGAUGUAUUGUCUGCUCCGUGAUUGGCCUCUCAUGCAGCCUGAGUCGGCUCUGGAGUUGUUGGACUGUAAUUUUCCUGACCCGAUGGUGAGAGAGUUCGCUCUGCGCUGCCUCAUGCAGGGACUCACUGAUGACAAGAUCAGCCAGUACCUCCUACAGCUUGUCCAGGUGCUAAAGUACGAGAUGUAUCUGGAUAAUCCUCUGGCUCGGUUUCUCGUUAAGAAAGCUCUAACCAAUCAGAGGAUAGGACACUUCUUUUUCUGGCACCUGAAGUCAGAGAUGCACAAUAAGACAGUGUCUCGGCGGUUUGGUUUGUUGUUGGAGGCGUUCUGCCGGUCAUGUGGCAUUUACCUUAAACACCUGAACAGACAGGUGGAGGCCAUGGACAAGCUGGUGAACAUCACUGACACACUGAAACAUGAGAAGAAGGAUGAGACGCAGAAGACUCAGAUGAAGUUCCUGGUUGAACACAUGUCCCGCCCUGAUUACAUGGAGGCUCUGCAAGGGUUCGUCUCUCCUCUGAAUCCUGUACACCAACUGGGUAACCUCAGGUUGGAGGAGUGCAGGAUCAUGUCUUCAGCGAAGCGUCCUCUCUGGCUGAACUGGGAGAAUCCUGACAUCAUGAGUGAACUUCUCUUCACCAACAAUGAGAUUAUCUUCAAAAAUGGAGACGACUUGAGGCAGGACAUGCUGACUUUGCAGAUCAUUAAGAUCAUGGAGAACAUUUGGCAGAAUCAGGGACUUGAUUUGCGGAUGUUGCCGUACGGGUGUCUCUCUAUCGGGGACUGUGUGGGUCUGAUUGAGGUGGUGAGGAACUCCUUCACUAUAAUGCAGAUUCAGUGUAAAGGAGGCCUAAAGGGAGCGCUGCAGUUUAACAGCAACACACUGCAUCACUGGAUCAGAGAAAAGAACAAGGGGGACACUUAUGAUAGUGCGAUUGAUCUGUUCACUCGUUCAUGUGCUGGUUAUUGUGUAGCCACGUUUAUCCUUGGCAUUGGAGACAGACACAAUAGUAACAUUAUGGUCAAAGAGAAUGGACAGUUGUUCCAUAUAGACUUUGGACAUUUUCUGGAUCAUAAGAAGAAGAAGUUUGGUUAUAAGCGUGAACGCGUCCCCUUUGUCCUCACACAGGACUUCCUCAUCGUCAUCAGCAAAGGAGUGCAGGAGUGUACCAAGACCAAGGAGUUUGAGAGAUUUCAGGAGAUGUGUUACAAAGCAUACCUGGCAAUCCGUCAGCAUGCAGGUCUCUUUAUUAACCUGUUCUCAUUGUUGCUGGGCUGUGGGAUGCCCGAGCUGCAGAGCUUCGAUGACAUCGCCUACCUGAGGAAAACCCUUGCUCUGGAAAAGAGCCAGCAGGAGGCUCUGGAGUACUUCACCAAGCAGAUGAAUGAUGCCCACCAUGGCGGUUGGACCACCAAGAUGGACUGGAUCUUCCACACCAUACGGCACAUGCCCAAUGAGCACUGACACACACAAAAACACACACACUUUCAAGACUACUCUGGAGAUCUGCUGGAACAACGAGGAAUCAAAGAACAGCUACAGAUGAGGUAACCACAAAGACUCUUGUAAAACUUAGAGGACAGUGGGAGCCUUUGAUGCACAUUUAUUAUAUAUGUACACACACACACACACACACACACACACACACACACACACACACACACACACACACUACAUUCCUGCACUACUAUUAUUAGAGCACUGCACUAAGUAGGGACGAUAAAGUCGCUACAGUAUUACAGAAAAACUGGAUAUGCACAGUUAUUAUACACACACACACACACACACACACACACACACACACACACACACACACAGCUGCACUAUGAUGUCGGGACCAUAAAUUGAGUGUGAGUGUAAUAUGUGAUAAGUUCUGAAAUUCACAUUUGAAGUUUAUUUUCCUUUUGCUGAUGAUGACCUGCAAAAAGCUCUUCUCCAAUCAACUACCACUAACUCUGCACUACAGGUCCUCAGGGUUUCACAGAAGUCAAAGGUCAAGCUUUGGUGCCAAAAUGGAGGUCAAAAUCUGCCUCCAGCACAUAUGUCCCAUAAUGCACUGCAAACCUGAAAAACCUGAUACGCUUGAGUAGCAUGAUCACGAGGAUGUGAUAGUCUUCCACAGUAAACUCUUACUACACUUUUAGGGAAAAUGAUGCAAUGUUACUGUUUGUGUGAAAGAGCUUUAAAACCAGCGUCACUGUGAAAGCAAUCUGACCCUCUGACCAGCUCAGAACAUGCGCUUAACAAUCAAUCUGAUCAAUCAAUCAUCCUUUCUAAAGCUUUAAAUUGUAUUUUCCAAGUUAAAAGUUCAUCAGACUUUCCCAAUGAUGGUGAAAUAAAAUCAUGAAAUAUAAACAA